AUGGCUAAACCCCUGUUGAAAUCUCGCAUGAUCCUUGAACCCUUUGCACAAUUCAACCUCUCUUCAGCAUCAAUUCGAUCUAUCGCUCUCUUUUCCACCUCUCUUUACGAAACCCUAAUUUACGUUGGCACCGUCUCCGGUAAACUCCUCUUACUCUCUCUUCAUCAUCCCAAUUCCAAUUCUGGUAGUAAUAGUAAUACUAAUAAUCAUGAGAAUAAUAGCAACAAUGCAAAUAACGACAACGAUGACAAAAUUAAAUUUGUGCGGCAUAUGUUGAUAAGCGAUUGUGCAGUAGAAUCAAUACAUGUAUUUGGUGAGAUUGAGAAGGUUCUAGUAGUUUCAGAUGGGUUUAUACAUUUUGUUGAUUUAGAAUUAGUUAAGCCUGUGAAAAAGAUUGGUGCUCUUAAAGGUGUUAGUGUUGUUGCUAGGAGGUUAAGGAGUAAAGGCAAUGGGGGUUUUUCAAAGUUAACCGUGGGAGGGGGAGGGGAUGCAAGUGCAGGUUCCAGUUUCUUACAGAGAUUAGGCGGUGGUAGUGGUGGUGGUGGUGGGAAGUUAAAUGGUGGCGGGGUGAAUGAUUUGCCUAUCGAUGAUAACUGUGUUUUUGCUGCUGCUGUUGGGAAGAAACUGAUUUUGGUGGGGCUUGUUGGUAGGAGCAAUGAGAAUUACGAUAGUGUUGCAGGGUCGCUUGUGACGUUGAGAGAGAUUCCAUGUGUUGAUUUGGUUAAAGAUAUUGUUUGGAUCGAUGAUUCGAUUGUUGUUGGUGGUUCAAGUGGUUAUUAUUUGUGUUCGUGUGUUACGGGUCAAUGUGGCUUGAUAUUUUCAUUGCCGGAUAUGUCAAGUUCACCGCGGCUUAAGGUGUUGAAGAAAGAGUAUAAGGUUCUUAUGUUGGUUGAUAAUGUGGGAGUUAUCGUUGAUUCUCAAGGGCAACCGGUGGGCGGAAGUUUGGUAUUUAAUGGCUCUCCGGAUGGUAUAGGAGAGAUAGGUACAAGUGUUGUUGCUCUUCACAGUGGCAAGAUGGAGUUGUAUCUUAAGAAAUCCGGGAGUUUUGUUCAGAAGAUAGUGCUUGCCGGAGAAGGAGGUGGUCAGCUUUUUAUAAUGGAUGAUGAAGACAGAACUGGUAAGGUGGUGGUUGUAGCAACACGGACCAAGGUUAUUUGUUACUUGAAAGUACCCUCUGAAGAACAAAUUAAAGAUUUUUUGAGAAAGAAGGAUUUUAAGGAGGCUAUUUCCUUAGUUGAGGAGCUUCAUGAUGACGGUGAAAUAUCAAAGGAAACCCUGUCAUUUGUUCACGCGCAAGUGGGAUUCUUAUUGAUGUUUGACUUGCGUUUUGAGGAAGCAGUGAACCACUUCCUACUAUCUGAAACAAUGCAGCCUUCUGAAAUAUUUCCGUUCAUCAUGCCAGAUCCAAAUCGUUGGUCGUUGCUGGUACCUAGAAAUCGUUAUUGGGGUUUACACCCUCCACCUGCCCCUCUUGAGAGUGUUAUUGACAAUGGGUUGAUGGCUAUUCAAAGAGCUAUUUUUCUUAAGAAAGCAGGUUUGGAGACGGCUGUGGAUGAUGAAUUUCUUUUGAACCCUCCAAAUAAAGAUGAUUUAUUGGAUUCUGCUUUAAAAAAUUCAAUCAGGUAUUUAAAAACUUCACGCGAGAAAGAUCUGUCAUCAUCUGUGAGGGAGGGAGUCGACACACUAUUAAUGUAUCUGUAUAGAGCGCUAAAUCGUGUCGAUGAAAUGGAGAGUCUUGCAUCUUCUGAAAAUUGGUGUAUAGUGGAGGAGCUGGAAACUUUACUGAACGACUCGGGGCAUUUAAGGACACUUGCAUUCCUCUGUGAAAGCAAAGGGAUGAGCUCCAAGGCUCUUGCCAUAUGGCGGAUAUUGGCAAGAAACUAUUCAUCCGGCUAUUGGACAGACCCGACACAAUUAAAUGAAACACAUGAUGUAGGUGUAAAUAUUAUAUACGGCAAAGAGACUGCAGCAGCUGAAGCUUCAAGGAUUCUCGAGGAAUUAUCUGAUCAAGAUUUGAUACUGCAACAUCUUGGAUGGAUUGCAGAUAUCAACCAGGUGCUUGCUGUUCGAAUAUUGACGUCUGAGAAAAGGAGUCAUCAGCUUCCUCCAUACGAAGUAAUUGCUGCGAUUGAUCCAAAAAAAACCGAAAUUCUUCAGAGAUAUCUGCAAUGGUUGAUCGAAGAUCAAGACUCUGAUGAUCCUCAGUUCCAUACAUCAUAUGCUCUGUUACUCACCAAAUCAGCACUUGAAACCUACGAAUCAGAAAGUCCGUCUCGUGAUGCCGAAGCUGGAACGUCGGAUCAGGUUAACGGUAGGAAUUCAAUAUUCCAAAAUCCCGUCAGAGAGAGACUGCAAUUCUUCUUGCAAUCUUCCGACUUGUAUGACCCCGAAGAGGUUCUUGAUUUGAUACAAGAAUCGGAAUUGUGGUUGGAAAAGGCUAUCCUUUAUCGAAAACUAGGACAAGAAACAUUGGUGCUUCAGAUCCUGGCUGUGAAAUUGGAGGACAACGAUGCUGCUGAACACUAUUGUGCCGAGAUUGGCAGACCAGAUGCCUAUAUGCAGUUGCUUGAUAUCUAUCUAAAUCCCACAGAUGGCAAGAAGCCUAUGUUCAAAGCUGCUGUACGUCUUCUCCAUAACCAUGGAGAAGCGCUUGAUCCUCUGCAAGUUCUUGAGAGAUUGUCCCCGAAUAUGCCAUUACAGCUUGCUUCCGAUACGAUCUUAAGAAUGCUUAGAGCUCGUCUUCAUCAUCAUUACCAAGGACAAGUUGUCCAUAAUUUAUCCCGGGCCGUUGGCCUCGAUGCAAAUUUAGCACGAUUGGAGGAAAGAUCUCGGCAUGUUCAAAUUAACGACGAGAGUCUAUGUGAUUCUUGUCAUGCGAGGCUUGGAACAAAAUUGUUUGCAAUGUAUCCCGAUGAUACCAUAGUUUGCUACAAGUGUUUCCGACGCCAGGGUGAAUCCACAUCCGUAACGGGCCGUGACUUCAAGAACGAUCCCGUCUUAAAACCUGGCUGGCUUGUUACUGACUGACUGUAAAUGCUUGACCUUAGACAUCUUCAGCGACAUCCUAACCACUUGGCGUCGUUUUUUCCUGGGCUCGACCUUCUUUUGGUGUCACAUGCUAAAUUUGUGGCAAGAGGGCCUGGUUAUCGAGCUUUCCCCACCGUUUUUCAUUUUCGUUCUGGAUAAGAGUCGGUAGAUAACACAACAGGUUAACCCCAAGUAGGUGUGGUGAAACACUUAGAAUUCGACAUGUUUAGUUUUACGCGGAUGCAAAACGACAUCGUGUUUCGCGUUUUGUCGUUGAAUAUUUUUAAAGCGUUUUGUAUUUCGAAUGGUUGCAUUCGUUGUAUCAAGUAUAUGAAUUGAUCCUUGCAUGUACUUUUCUUGAGUUUCUUG